UUGCAGUAGAGAAAAAUAUCAAAACGCCCUCUCGCAGACGCACUGGUACUUUGUCCCGAAUGCUGUACCGUAAUUGUGCCGUAAGACAACGUUAGCUGUCGCAACCUUUAGUCCAGCAACAGAGGUCACAACAAACUCAGUAUGGGAGGUGACCACGGCCACAACAAGAUGUCCAUGCCAGACUGGCGGCAGUGGAAGACGGAGGGAACACCACUGGAGUUCACACAGCAGAGGCUGGCAGCCAGGGGCCUCAAGGAUCCGUGGGCACGAAACGAGGCUUGGAGAUACUCAGGCGGCUUCGCUCGUGCUGUGACUCUGUCUGAUGUGCUGCUGAGAGGAUUCAAGUGGGGCUUUGCUGCCUUUACUGUUGCUCUGGCUGUAGAGUACGCCCUGUUCCCACCAAAGAAGGGUGGCCACUAAUGCUCAUUAUUGUCCCUCAUGCCCAGUCCAUAAUGGAGUCUAAUAAUAUUCUGUAUUUUCUGUUUAUUAAAUGUCUUUUUGAUCAUC